AUGCCCGUCCGCGUCACUCCGCGGGCGGAGAACGCACGUCGGGGCGCGGCUCCCUGGAUCGCUGGAGGCUCGGGCGGACACUCUCGCCUUGCGGAGGACCCCGCGAGCCCCAGCGCCUGCCUGGCGGCAACGGCAACAAUGCAAGGAGCCGCCCGCGCUCCGGCCACCAGCGUGAGUGCCGACUGCUGUAUCCCGGCUGGCUUGCGCCUGGGGCCGGUGCCUGGCACCUUCAAGCUGGGCAAGUACCUGUCAGAUCGCAGAGAGCCCGGGCCCAAGAAAAAGGUGCGCAUGGUGAGAGGGGAGCUGGUGGACGAGUCGGGGGGCUCCCCUCCGGAUUGGAUAGGGUUAAUCCGGGCAGCCAGGAGUCCGCAGGAACAGACUCUGGAAGCGAUCGCAGACUUACCCGGAGGACAGAUUUUCUACCGAGCAUUGAGAGAUGUCCAGCCAGGGGAGGAGCUGACCGUGUGGUAUUCCAACUCCUUGGCUCAGUGGUUCGACAUUCCCACAACUGCGACCCCCACGCACGACGAGAAAGGCGAGGAGCGCUACAUUUGCUGGUACUGCUGGAGGACGUUUAGAUACCCCAACAGCCUUAAGGCACACCUACGUUUCCACUGCGUCCUCAGUGGCGGCGGGGGUCGCGCCUUCCUGCACCAUCAGCACUCGGCUCGCCAAGGCGCUGCCCAGGCGCCAGCGGAUGGCUUCAGCCUCUCCCCGAAACCUAAUGCGCCAGACUUCUCCGCGCCCGCCCAAACAGGCACUUUGCGGCCCCAAACACAGGCUCCGCAACCUCCCCAGGCCUGCGGCGUUCGGGAGAGCAUUAAGCGCGAGGCCUCCUCUGCGCCCUCAGCCUCCUCGCCGUCCCCAGCCAAGUGGGGGCUGCCAAAAAAGGGCAAGGAGCAGCAAGACCCUGUCCUGGACGUGAGCGGGGCAGCCCGAGCACACAGCCACUUCCUCGGCAUCAUGGGCGGCUCCCCAGCUGGCGGCGGCGGCCUGACCUUCUACCCCGGGGUGCGUUCGGCUUUCAAACCUGCAGGCUUGGCCAGGGCAGCGGUGGCCGCGCAUGGAGACCCCUACCGGGAGGAGGGCAGCGGCAACAAGCCCAAGACGGGCCACCUGUGCCUCUACUGCGGCAAGCUGUACUCGCGCAAGUAUGGGCUCAAGAUUCACAUGCGGACGCACACAGGCUACAAGCCACUCAAGUGCAAAGUGUGCCUGAGGCCCUUUGGCGACCCCAGCAAUCUCAACAAGCAUAUCCGACUGCACGCCGAGGGCAACACGCCCUACCGCUGCGAGUUCUGCGGCAAGGUACUUGUGCGAAGAAGGGACCUGGAGCGCCACGUCAAGUCCCGCCACCCCGGCCAGAGCCUGCUAGCUAAGGCAGAUGACGGCCCGGGCACCGAGCCGGGCUAUCCCCUGGAGCCUAGGGAUUCCAAGAGCGAGGACAGCGAUGUGGACGUCUGUUUCACUGACGACCAGAGCGACGUGGAGGCCGGGGGCGGCCGUGAUCACAACUUGUAACAGGUCUUUCUGGGGCGCGGACAGAGUAGGAAGGAGUGUAUGUGGGGUCCGUUCUGGGAGAAGAGGUAAUCUGGGGAUGAGAAGAAAGACUUGGUGAUGAAAACCGAGCUGAAAUUCAGUAGGGAGGGGUUCAGAAAUAGUUUACAGAAAUUCGGCCACUGGGCAGCACAGGUGGUGGGUCUCUUGGAUAGCUCCCCCACCUCGCCUAAAGGCCGGAGCGGUCCCCUCUGGCGUUCAGAAUUACAUUAAUACCAACAUCACACUGUCCUCGAGGACCCCGACUUUAACUGCCAUCUAUUUUUAAAUUGUACUUUUCUGUGAAGGAAAUUGUGCCUUUUGAAACGAGGUUUUGUGUGACUUUUACAUUAGCAUUUCACUGUAUAGGCGAAACACUACUCACAAUUCAGUCAUGUGACAUCAAUACACAUGUUUCUAUUUCACUCUUUCUCAUGUCAAAGACUACUUGCCACAUUGAAUACACAGUGGUAGCAGGUGUACAAAUUGGUCAAGUUGCAAUUAUUUAUGAAAGAAUAAUGAUAAAUGUAAAAUAUCUAAAGCAUGAAUCUAAGAGCACGCAAUAUAUAAUUUUAAAGAAAAUAUCCUAUUUGGUAGAGCACACAUGUGUAUGUUGUUUUAUAAGGAAUAAUGUACAGUGGAUACAGUAUUCUGGUCUUGGUUCCAGUUUGUGCAAUCUUUAAGAAAAAUAAAAAUGCAAAUGAGUUUGUUCA